GGGAGAUAAAGGUUUGUCGUUUCGCAAUCAUGGUAGGUUUGUUCGUUGUUGUUCAUUGCCAUCUCUCUGUCCUCUGCGACUGUUGAAGCGUGACACUUGCCAGACCCAGCUGAAGAAUCUUACAUCUUACGCUUGACCAAGACUUAUUCGACGAACCUCCAGCGACCUACAGACAACAUGGCCAUCGCGGGCGGGCUUCUCCGCCUGGUGCUCAUCACCUGCUAUGCGAUCGCAUUCAUCUGCGCUGCGAUCAUCAUGGGAGCCUUUGCUUGGUUCACCGCAACCCAACUCGGCGCACGAAACAUCGCCUCACUAGUCCUCGGCUCAAUCACAACACUCUGGGCCAUGAUCUCCGCCUUGACAAGCUGCUUUACCGCCGGCGUCUCCGUUUUGACAGCAUGCUCCAUCUUCUUCGACUUGCUCUGCGUCGCAAUGAUGAUGGCAGUAGCAAUCAUCAACAGAUCCGCAACCAACGGCUGUGACGACGGUCCACCAUACCCACGUGUCGUGUACCGCGGCUUCGGACGAUCUAGCGGUUACAACGGAUGCCGACUCUUCGUUGCGACUUUCGCUGUUGCUAUCAUCGCCGUCUUCGCUUUUGUUGUUGCGAUGCUUGUGCAAGUUCUUAUUCGUCGUCGCAGCCGAUCGCACCGCGUCAGCAAAGUCUAAGUGCAGGACACUUAGAGGCAUCGAGCAUAUGAGGAAUAUGGACAGAACAAUGACUUGACAGGACGAGAGAAUGAUAACAAGAUAUGACGCAGAAUUUCGGAGGCGUUGUUGCUUGGGCGUUAGUUGAGUGCAGAAUAGCGUAAUGAUACCCAGCGACUGAGAAUAUUCCAAGUACUUUGGUUAACUAAUGGAAAUACGAUCGAUUAAGACCUUUCAGGAGCGAUGGAAGCCCAUCACGUUCCGGUGUCUUUCAUGCACUCAUACAGUUCUCGGC